UUUACACUAAAUGGUCAGGUACGUGUCACUUUUCCCUUAUGAAGGAAUCAGAAGAACAUCCUCUCUCUUUCUUUUCCUUUUAAAUCUCCCUUUUCUUGUCUUUCUUCUUCUUCUUCUUCAUUUCUUUUGUUCUCUGAAAACAAAUAGAAAUGGUGUCGGAUGAUGGAGGAAGUAAGAAUUCACUUCUUAAGAAGAUUCUAGGGUUUGGAUAUUGGGUACAGGGAUUAAGAUGCUUUCCAUGGAUGGCUGUGAAUUUCUAUCUAAAAGACGGUCUACAUCUCGAUCCUUCUAGUCUUCAGAUUCUAAUGAAUUCUGCUAAUCUUCCCAUGGUUGGUAAACCUCUCUAUGGUGUCAUUUCUGAUGCUGUUUACAUCAAUGGUCAACACAGGAUUCCAUACAUCGCCAUUGGAGUGUUGUUGCAAGCAUUAUCAUGGCUGUCAAUAGCCCUACUUCCACCGUCAACAAUGUCUAUCUCCGUUAUUUCUUUGUUUCUCCUUCUUAGCAACCUCGGUGCUUCAGUCGUUGAGGUUGCAAAUGACGCCCUAGUUGCUGAGUCUGGUAAAGUACCUACAACUUCGAAAAAAUCUGAAACAUCAUCUUCGUCCGGCCAGCUUCAAUCAUUUGUAUGGAUGUGUGUUUCUGUUGGUGGAGUCCUUGGUAACCUUCUUGGUGGAAUGGCUAUUAAGAAGUUCUCUCCCCAAUUUAUGUUUCUUUCUUUUGGCAUUCUACUUGUUUUCCAGUUCUUUGUAACUGUAGCAGUUCGCGAGAAAUCACUUAACCUCCCAAAGAGUUCGUCAAGCUCAGGGAUUCGUAAGCAACUUUCAGAACUGUCAAUGGCAUUGCGAAGACCAGAUAUUGCGUACUCCAUAGCAUGGUUUGCAGCAUCUUUUGCUGUUGUCCCAAUCCUGACAGGAACAAUGUUCUUUUACCAAACACAACAUUUGAAACUUGAUUCAUCGGUAUUGGGGAUCUCUAAAGUAUUUGGACAAAUGGGUAUGCUUGUAUGGGGUUCAGUAUACAAUGCAAAACUGAAAUCGGUCUCUCCAAGGAAGUUAAUGUCGAUGGUCCAAGCAACAACAGCCGUACUCAUGCUAUCUGAUGUUUUGUUCGUUAAUGGCACAUAUCUGAAAAUGGGAAUUCCAAAUUCAGUUUACGUCGUAAUCUUUUCUGGGUUACUGGAAAUUCUACUUCUGUUUAAGGCACUUCCUUUUACUGUCCUCAUAGCGCAGCUUUGCCCAAGAGGCUGUGAAGGUUCUUUGAUGGCUUUUGUAAUGUCAGCCAUUGCCUUAGCUAUGAUUGUAAGUGGAUAUUUGGGUGUUGCACUUGCAUCGUACACUGGAGUCACCGGUGAAGAUUUCUCAGGGUUGCCAAAAGCCAUUGUUAUACAGGCUGCAUGUACAGUUCUGCCACUCUUUUUCUCGUCGUGGAUCCACAGUGACACUAGGUCAGCGCAAGUACAGAAGCAAAAGAACAAGAAGAAAAACUAGCUAGCCAGAUCUGGAGCUGAGCUAUGCGAGAAAAAAUGGUGAAAUUCAGUACAUUGCUGAACAUUACAGCGAAUGUUGGUACUUUAGUUUUCUUGUUGUAUUUUUUUGUAUUUUUUUUUAUACAUCAAGAUUCAAGAUUCUCAUGUAAAAAGAACCAGACCCAGCUUGAGUUUCAGAAAGGACCACGUUGUUUUUGUUGUC